AUGGAUUAAUUUGCUAUAGGCCUCUUUCCUCUUGUUUAUGCUGGUUAUGCAUAAAUGAAAAUCAAAGGUUACAAAUAAGUAAAAAAUAAACCAGAAACUAUUGCAUUAAAAGUUAAAAUUGGAUUUCAACUUUAAAUUGCCAUUAUGCAAAUAAUUGAAUUAAUUGUUGCACUAUUCAAUAAAGAUUUACUAUCUGCUUUGUGUUGUCUCUUCUUAAUUAUUGGAUUGUUUUACUCUUUUGGAAUCACAGUUAUCUUUCAUAAUGAACCACUCUUAAACUUUUUGCCUUUCAUUUUUCUAUUCAAUUUAAUUUGCAAUGAAACUAUUCUCAAACUAUUCGAUCUCUUAAGUUUAGUUUUAUCAUCUCUGUUAGUGAUCUACUAAAGAGAAAGAGGUGAUGAUCCAUUAGAAUAUAGUAAUCAUAUUUAUAAUUGCAUAUUAUAGAUCCUUUUUGUGAAUUAUUUGAACAAUAAGAUAGUUUUAUUGCAUAACAUUUGAUCUUAUUGAAAUUUUAACCAAAUACCUAUUAAGAAGAAAUUGAAUUACAUGAACUAAAUGAAUCAACUACUAAUGCUCCUCUACUUGUAAAUUAAUAAAUCUAAAAUCCUUAAUAACAACAUCCCACUUCUUAAGUUGCUUAAUUCUUAAUCAAUUAAACCAGACAGUCCAAUAAAUUAGAUAUUAAACAUUCUGAACCUGCUAUUAUCGAUAUUGUAUUCUCUAAGGAUGAUGAAGAUAUUUGGGAUAAAAAAAUUGAAGUUGUCGAUUCACCAUUAUUUUAGAACAAAAGAAAAGUACGAUACUCCUAAGUUAUUAUUGAAGAAAAUUCUUAAUCUGAAGAAAUCUCUUAUCCCUCAUCUAAAGAAGAAAUACCUAAACCUAUUAUUAUUAAUCAACCCUCUGAUAAACGAUCUCUAUCUCAAAAAGAAAUUAAAUAAGAACUAUAUUAUUAAUAAAUAGAAGACUAAUCAUAAAUUAUUCAUUCUGAUAAUGAAAUGGAUAAAACAAAUAAAGCAGAAAUUACAAAUAUAUAAUAGGAUAAGUUAGAAGAAUUGAAACUUUAUGAUCAUCAAUCAUCUAAUGAAGUUUAAACUGAAAAUUAACAAUAAAAUGUAAUAAAAAUAGUUGACAUUGAUAAAUUAGGAGGAGCUGAAAGUCCAAUAAAAUAUGAACCAAUACCCCAAAGCUAAUAACCAUUUCCUUAUGUAGAUGAUAAUGAAUAUCCAGAUAAGCUUAUUGUAAUACCUCAACAAAUUCAAUAGGAGUUAAAUAAGAAAAAAUAGGAAAAGAAAAAGAAAUAAAAGGAUGAAGGUUUAAUUGCUAAAAGAAAUAGAAUGAUGAAAAGAAUUAAAAGCUUUGAAGAGUUUUAAGAUAAAAACGAUGAUAAUAAAUCCUAAAAUAGUGACUUGCAUGAUGAUAAAAAAAGUGAUUAUGAAAGAUACAAAGAGGAAGUUUGCUCUGCAAAUUUAUCUGAAGAUGAAAGUGAGAGUGGAGUAUAUGUAUAAUAGAAAAUGGAAAAGGUUAAAUUCGUAGUUGGUUAAUAAGUUUUAAAAAAAGUAAUAAAAUAUCAACAUAUUUCUUUGAUUCCAAUAACAAUUAAAGUGAAGAAUAGUGAAUGGGUUUAAAAUUGUUAAUAUGGAGAACUAUAUUAAUUAGCAAAUGGACAUCUACCGAAGCCAUCAUUUAGUGAGGCAGAAAUUGAAAAGAAAUUGUUUUAUAUUCAACAGUGGUUGGAUGGAAUGAGUUAAAAUCCUAUUUUGAUGAGAAUGGAAAUACUAGAAUAUUUUAAUGUGCCUGAAUCAAUCAUAAAUAAAUAUGGAUUAGUUAAAAAGAUUGAAGAAGAGACUAGAGUUUAAAGACAUAGCAAUAAGUUCAUGAAUUCAUCGUAAAAGGAAUAUUUCUUAUAGAUAAAAUAAAUUAAGGUGGAUUGCUAUAAUUCAGAGGCAUCUUAAGCUUAUGCAGGAAUAAUUUAUUAUAGUUUAAGAUUUACAAUUUAGACUGAAAAAAGAUAGUUUAUUUCAGAAUGCUAGAAAACAAUAGAAGAGAUAAAAGAGGCUACAAGAAUUAUUUAACAAGAAAGAAAUCUGAGGGUUUCCCUUUAAGAUCAUGAAACAGUGAAAAAAUAAAUGAAAGCAAUAGAUUAAUUUUUAUAAGAAUUAUUCAGUCAUCAAUUUUAUUAUUGUGAUCAAUUAUUUGAAUAAUUUGGAUUAUUAUCCCAAAUAAAAUGA